AGGCCGGCAGGUGGUGCGCCCAGCGCGUGGAGUCGCGCUGCCCGCAUAAGAAGCGCGCGGCUGGCCCGGAGUUCUGUUUUGUUUUGUUUUAUUUAUUUAUUUAAUUUAUACCCCGCCCAAACUUACGUCUCUGGGCGGCUCUGGACAGACACUUAAAAGUUGCCGCCGCCGCUGCUUUUUCUUCUCCCUGUCCUGCGGAGCACCAGCUGGAGUGAGGAUCAAUCCACAUCUGGAAUCUGCAGCCAGCUGCUCCAAGAAGAUGUCCACACCUGCCCAGGACUUCUGGAACGGUGUCCCUGAAGAAAUCCUGGCCCACAUAUUUUCCUACUUGCCUUUUGAAGACAGACACAUGGCCUUUAAAGUGUGCCAACGCUGGGCUAAGGCCAUUUCUGUCCAUUAUGUCUGGAAGUUUACUGAGAUCAGCACAGAGGAUAUGAGUGAACCGUGCAUGCAGAAGCAACUGCAGCCGUUCCUGUUCCACAUGAAACACCUGAAGAUUGUGCUUGAUCCAUACCUGGGGGUAUGCCCGAGGAACUUCACUCAGAUUUUAAACAUGCUGACUUGGCAGAGCCAUGAAGUGCAGGCGCUGUGUAUUGUUGUUGUGUGCUGUGGAGAGGGUCUUUUUUUCUCUUCUUGCCCAGACAUCCUGCAGAGCUUCAGAAGACUCUGUGACAACCCACACAAGAUUGAUCUUCAGUAUCUUGACUUAAGAGAAACUCCUUUUACUCUAGACAACAGGUUAGUCCGACUGAUUGCAACCAGCAGCCCAAAUCUGCACACCUUGUUAAUCCAUAACCACCCCGUUAGGAUAAUUACCCUCAGGCCAGAGACCAUAGCAGAGGUUCUGAGGGUUUGUCCUAAAUUAUCUGCAUUGGGAGUCUACUACGCCAUGCUCUCUGAGGAGGUGUUUCGUGAAUUGUUGAAGCCCAGCAGAGGACCCUCCAGGUUCUUGGAUAUCUUCUGUGAGGACAUGCAUCACUACAUCCCUGAAAGGCUUUGGUUUGCUUUGACUGAGAGACACUCGCAGCUCCGUGUUGGGUUGGAGUUUGCUCCCCUGGUUCCAGUAUGGAGAACGUAUCGGAUUUUAACGCCAAGUAUUCCUGUCACUGAUUUGCAAUUUUCCUGCCGUACAUAUAUGGUGCCACAGCUUCGGUUUGUUCUACAGCAAGACUUUGGAGAGGCUGGUCUUUUUUUCUGACUACUCUGAUCACCUUGAUGCCAUGCUCAUAGAGCUGGCAAUGACAUGAGUGCACUUGAAAGAGAUUCACUGUUACUGUUACCUUAGCCAAGCAGUGAUGGAUGCUUUCCUCUUGAAUUGCCCAGGUCUGAUACAAUACACUCUUUCAACGCGCCAAUCACUGCUGGCAGUGCAAACCGAAGAGGGGUGAAAUAGUCUUCCUUCUGCUGCUCCAGAGCAUGGAUAUGGACACAUCCAAAAGGUUACUGGGCAGAAGGUAGAGAAGUAUUAUACUCUGAACUUACAAUCUGACGUGGAGGCAAAGACUCCGGCUUGAACUUUAUGGGACAGUUCUCAGGUCUCUUUGUUCUGGAUACUGGUGGUUAAACUGUUCUAUGAAGUAUGCAUUUUAAUAUUUUUAAUCAUUUUGUAGUAAUUAUAAUUUACAAUAAAGAUUUGCAUAUACAUUUUUACAA